AUGCAUAAACAUUGCCAUGGAGCCGGUAGGCUGUGCUUGACGCUGGGCUGCUUGCUCUCCGGCCUGGUAGCUGGCUUGAGCUUAAGAACCUGUCCACCUCCUGACGCUCCCUGUGUGGCAAGAGUACGGCAUGAAUUGACAGUGGCAUGGAAGCUACGGGCGGAGGUGGACAAGGUGAUCUCUCAGCGGUCCUAUGAGUUGCUGAUCCUUUACGACUGGAUUCCCGCGGAGGAAGUUGUGCAACGCCGCACGGCUUUGAGAGGCAUUGAAGCCAUGGAGGCUGGCCGACAUCUGCUUUGUGCUUUGACAUUCAUCGGGUGUGAUGCUGAAGGUGUGGAGCAUGCAAUUGCGAUGGUGCAGCCGAAGAUCAUGUCAACUGAUGCUCUUGCUGAGAAGAUGGUCACGACGUGCGGCAAUAUACCAUCCGAUCUGAACAUGGAUUGGUUCGGGGUUUGCAGCAAUGCAAUUUGGGAGUGGGCGGAGGCUGAGUACAUGAUUUCUGCUAGAUUGUUCAUGUCCGACUCGGGCCGCGCACAGAGGUCUGAUGCAGCGGAUAAACUCAACAUCCGCAAGACAGAGUCUGCCGCUGGCUACGACGCUGCAACCUAUCCAUCAAGCUUCAGCCCUGGCAACAUCUGUGAACUGAGCCGUACGCUCCUGCCAAGCAAGAAUUCGAGGUUUGGCUUGCAGCCGGUCUUCAGCGGUGAAGCUUUCCGUGACGUUUCUUGGGUAGAUGUCACAAAUCUGCGGACGCGCCAUUUAAGCGCAAUUUCGCUGCUGGAGGUGCUGGAAAACGGAGCAGAUUUUCAAUUAAGACAUCCGUUCGGACUGUCCCGCGUUGCCGUCAAUCUGGGAGGUGGAGAUGGUGCGUGCAUGGUGGGGCACAGCCUGGACCCGGUGAACUGCUUCUUCCCACAGGGUUUUGGCGGUGUGGUCUUUGAGGCUAACAAGACGUUGGAGCCUCUCUUGUUUGAGAAUCUGGCCCAGUUCGCACCCAGUGUCCAGAUUGUGUUGGAGGCAGCGGUGGAAGACUCAGUUUCCAAAAGGCUGCAGGAAGCCCUGUCCAGAUGCCCCUCUCAAGUUCCGAGAGGAGAAAUUGACAUCAUUAAGGUGGACGUAGAUGGUCCUGACUGUCACUUAGUUCGAGGGCUCUCACAAGAUGGCUGGCGACCAAAAAUCUGGCACGUUGAAAUCAAUCCUCUGUUUCCUCCAGACAUCGCAGUGUGGCCUUCUGGUCCCAGUUUGGGAUCCUCCACCACAGUGAAUCGACAACAUGAUUUGAGCUCUGCUUUCUCUCGACGUGGAGCUGCAGAUGAGAAGCAGGCUCUUGUAGGCUGCUCUCUGCAAGCGCUGUUGGACUCAGCAGGAGCUGAUUACGUUUUUGUGCAUAUGGAGUUUGAGAAUGCAGUUCUUGUACGGCGAGACAUUUCAACUGCUCUAGAGCCAUGGUUGUCUUCUCGCGAUGAUGUGCAGAAAUGGCGUGAUGGCUAUUUCUGCCAUCCGAUGGCUCGCGUCCGAAUGCCACACGACUCAGAUCAGGACUCACUUUUCUUGCACUAUGACUUCAGGCGUUGGGGGGUCAGAUGCUGA